UAAAGGCUCAGCAGAUGACUCUCUGGAGAUACGGAGUGUAGGGUUCAUAUCUCAACAUACAGCGAGAGGUAUCGGCUUUCCCGUGGGGGUCAGUUGGCUGUUCCUACAUGAUGCUACUGCUGGUAUUACUGCUCUUGGGGCUGUUUGCAGAAGGCGGGACGGGACUGAAGUGUAACACCCUGACUGAGGGGCGGAAGGAAGUCACCGAGUGCCCCCCGGGGCAAACGAUAUGCAUGACCCAUUCUAUCACCAACAAUAACAAAACAGACAUCACCAAGGGGUGCACCACAUUCGGCAGAUGUGCCCGGCGGGACGUCUUCAUCUAUGAAAGUGAAAAGAUCUACUGCUGUAAUAUAGAUCUGUGCAAUUAGCAGCAGGCAGAAGGCAUCUUAUCACUUCCUACAGGUGCCUCUAGACCAGUGGUUCUCAACCUUCCUAAUGCCGCAACCCUUUAAUACAGUUCCUCAUGUUGUGGUGACCCCCAACCAUAAAAUUAUUCCUAAGACCAUCGGAAAUAUGUGUUUUCCAAUGGUCUUAGGCGACCCCAACAGUACUGUCCAGCUUUUUUUGUAGUGGGCCCAUUUAGAUGAUGAUAUACAAAGACGGGGAUGCUGCCAUUUGGUAAGCAGGAGUAAAUAAGAAGACCUUGGAAGAUCUUAUUGAGACCUACUGGCCUCCAGCUAGAACUUCCAGGCCCCACAGAGUAUUGUGCCUUUAUUUAAUCAAUUUGCUGAUCGAUAAUGUCCCCUCAACCUGUAUAAGUGAUAAACCAAUACAUUUGUUGAAUUAUAAUCCAAUUACCAUGUCUUUAUGGAAAAAAUGCUCAACAUUAAAUACACCCCUAUUUGAUCUUCA